ACGCUGAUUUGGCACAGAAAAAGGGGCGGGUCAAGGGAUGGUCCAUACUGGUAUCAUUCUGUCCCCUAUCUUUUGAACUUACAAAAUUAGUUCGUGAUUAUUUCGUGUAAUCCAUUCUAAAAAUGGCAGACGAGGAAACGAAAAAACUGAUUCGCUCAUGCCUUAUUUCCACCAAAGGAAGCCUUUCCCUCCGUGAACUGAAAAGGGACUUCCAAACACUGGUGGGGUACGCUAUACCCUUCAGGGACAAUGGCUUCCGAAGUCUGGAAGAUUAUCUACGCUCCAUCCCGGAUGUCGUGAGGCUGAACGAGUCCGGUCCCGAGCCGCUGGUGCACUUCGUCGCCGACGCCAGCACGGCCGGCAUAGCGUCGCUAGUGCAGCGCCAGAAGCCGACCAAGAAGAAGGCGCCGCCGCGCAGGCCCGUCGCGUACGUGCCGCGCCCCAGCUAUGGUGCCGUCCGGCGCACCGACGGCUUCUCGGCGCCACGGUUCGACUUCCAGCCGCGGCGGGCCUACAACGUGCGUCCGAACAGCGCGCCGCGCCAGGGCCUGCUGCCGACGCCGGGCCCGCGCUGGGCCCAGCCGGCUGCAUUCCGGCCGGCCGGCCAGCCGCCGCGGACGCAGUCGGCCAGGCCCCAGCCGACGACCAAGCCGCAGCCGCAGCCGCAGCCACAGCAGCCACGCUCACGACCACAGCCGGAGCCUAAGGCGCCGACACAGCCUCAGACGCAGCCGCAGCGGCCGCCGCAGCCGCAGACGCCCAAGCAGGAGCUGCAGGCCUACAUCCGACAUUACCGGCUGCCCGAGGCCAAGCUGGAGACGGUGUCGUUCAAGCCCAAGUCGGCCGGGGGCAUCGCCAGCUUCUACUCCACCAUUGUGGUGGGCGACGUGCGCUGCCAGACGUACCCCUCCGAGAGCCCCUCCGAGGACGUGGCUGAGGCGAUGGCGUGCCAGAUGCUGCUGGAGACGCGCCGGUACGGCCUCUGGCGGGACAGCGUGCCGGCCGAGUACCGGCGCCUGUUCCAGGAGCGCGUGCCCGACAACUGGGAGGACCUGCUGUACACGUCGGGCGCCGUGCGGUUCGACUGCGUGGGCGCCGACCGCUACAUCCUGUACUCGGCCAGCCAGACGUAG